AUGAAGACCCCCAACGCACAGGAGGCCGAAGGGCAACAAACCAGGGCAGCUUCGGGACGGGCUACUGGGUCCACAAACAUGACGAAGAAAAAAACCUCCCAAAAGAAGCAGAGAGGCAGACCUUCGUCCCAGUCCCGCAGGAACAUCGUGGGCUGCAGAAUUUCACAUGGAUGGAAGGAAGGUGAUGAGCCCAUCACCCAGUGGAAAGGAACCGUUCUGGAUCAGCUUCUAGAUGAUUAUAAAGAAGGAGACCUCCGUAUCAUGCCAGAGUCCAGUGAGUCUCCUCCAGCAGAGAGGGAGACAGGAGGAGUUGUAGAUGGCCUGAUAGGUAAACAUGUGGAAUAUACCAAAGAAGAUGGCUCCAAACGGAUUGGCAUGGUCAUUCACCAAGUGGAAGCCAAACCCUCUGUGUAUUUCAUCAAGUUUGAUGAUGAUUUCCAUAUCUAUGUCUAUGAUUUGGUGAAAAAGUCCUAA